GCUCGUUUGUUGCCUUAAUACUGUCUGCUUAGCUUAAAACCACAAUGAAGCCCCUAUUCCUUGUCCCCUUCCUUUCUUUGAUAGUUUCUCAGGCCUUUGCAUCCGAUCCUAGUCCCUUGCAGGACUUUUGUGUUGCAGACAAUAACAGCCAAGUGUUUGUCAAUGGAAAAGUUUGCAAGGAUCCAAAGUUGGCUACUGCAAAGGACUUUUUCUUUCCUGGUCUCGACAAGCCUGGCAACACAAGCAACCCUCUGGGUUCGAAGGUCACCCCGGUGUUUGUAAUGCAACUUUUAGGGCUCAACACUCUGGGCGUCUCCAUUGCGCGUAUCGACUUUGCUCCCUGGGGCCAAAACCCUCCCCACACGCACCCACGUGCCUCUGAGAUCCUCACUGUCUUGGAAGGGACUCUAUACGUUGGCUUCGUGACCAGCAACCCCGACAACCGUUUGAUUAGCAAGACGCUGAACAAGGGAGAUGUCUUCGUGUUCCCUCAAGGCCUCAUUCACUUCCAGCAAAAUGUGGGUUAUGGCAAUGCUGUGGCCCUAGCAGCUUUCGGCAGCCAGAAUCCAGGGGUGAUAACCAUAGCUAAUGCUGUGUUUGGAUCCAACCCACCUAUCUCUGAUGCUGUUCUUGCAAAGGCCUUCCAAAUAGAUAAAAAACUGGUGGAUAAACUCCAAUCCAGCUUCUGGAUGGAUAAUAACUAACUUUUAGGUCAAUGAUCCCUCAUUACUACAUAUUAGAGAUUGAUUGCAUAUGGAAUAAAGUGAUCCUCAAUGAGUGGCUUUCA